ACGUUAUUGAUCUUAAGUGACUGAAAAAGUCUGUUUUGUCCGAUAUGUCCAUCACAGUCACAACAGCAGGAUGGAGUCUACACACACAAACACACAUAUAUACACACUGCAGAGACAUGAGCACCAGUUCCCCAACAUCUGUUUCCUUUCUGUACGACUUCUCACUGCACCAACGGCUGUAGAAAGAGUAAAAAUUUCACUUCACACUUAUCUGCUUCCAUUUAGACGGUAGCUCAUUGCCUUUUGAUGUCAAGGCAAUCCGAGUUAAACAUGAGCAGAGGUUGUGAAGCGAGGUGAUGGAUGAGUUGAACGUGGCAGUAAGAGUCGAGAGCUGGUCAUUAAUGUUGGAUGAGAGUGAGCGAGGGCGCUACAGUCCAGGAGAAUGCAUUAUUGGCACUGCAAGGCAAACAUGACAAGUCAAAUCAAUGCUGAAUUUACAAUCCCCGAUACAUGUUAGUGGUGCUGUACGCACACAGCAGUCACACUGCAUUUAGAAGCAGAGAACCACACCGAGCAGCUUUAUUUCAUCUGGCAUGAGAGCACAGAGUUCCAAAAUUAAAAUGAGCAGAAAGCUAAUAAAGUCUUACUUCAGAUCAUUAUUUUAAAUUGCUUGCACUUUGUUUCCCACUAUAGCCAGUUAUUCUGAUCACCCUCUUAUAACACACCCCACCUCCCCACCAACUGAGACUAGACUAGACCAUACCAACUCUGACAUGAUGGGAGGGGGCUCGACUGCAGCAUCGUGACAACCGCAUCAUUUUGGCCACCUACAACCGGCCGAAUGAAGACUGAAUCGUUCCUAGUGGCACUGUAACUAAGGUAUAAAAUCCCCCCAGGCUCUCCAGCCCGUCACCAGAGAUGUCGGGGAGGUUUUCGAGCUGCGUUUCCCUCCUUGUGUCUCUUCUGCUAUUGAGCCAGUCAGCAGAGCAGGGCGAACAAAGCAAUGGGAGAGAGAGAGAAGAGCUUCUGGGAAGAAAUGUCUCUCACUGACUCUGUCGCCUCGACAACCGGGUAAGAAAGGAGGGGAGGGAGCACCAGAGAGGGAGAGAAAGGACUGGGGAGCAUAAAGGAGAGGAAAACAACACAUUAUGAACUGAUGAGGGUAGAGGAUUCCUGUAGAGUGAGGGAAGAAAGUGGAUUUUUGUGUCAUUCUCUGUGCAUGGAGCAGAUGAAAUUUCAGAGCACAAGUUGGACCAAGGAGGCCCGAUCGCUCCACCUGUAAUUCUUGUUCCAUCAGCCUCAGGUUCCAGCAUGGACAUGGAUGAUGAGCCGCUGCUGUUUCAGACCAGCUGGGGAGGCGAGGAGGAGCAGGAGGAGGAGGAUGGAGUGGUACACACAACAGAACAGGACUGUUCCUGUGGGGAUGCUGGGGUUUGUGGACUGUGGAGGGCAGUGGGGUGGGUUUACACACAGCCCUGGGCCAGUGGAGGGAUUUUAGGGGUGGCUGUCCUGCUGCCAUGUGCCCUGUUUGCCUACAUGCUGCUCUACUGCCCUCCUCUGGACAUAGACCUCUCCUACAGUGCCUUUGAGGUUCACAGUCACUUCUCUGCUGAGCGCUUUGAUGCCCUCACCAUUGCUGUAAAGACUCAGCUGGGGUCCUGGGACAGACGUAGGCGAGACUUAGAUAACAUCGAGUCCAAGGCAUUGCGGGAGCUUCUGCUAGAGAAGCUGGCAGGACAGGGAGCGUUCAACAGGACAGAUAAUGAGGGCAUGAGGUCCUCUGCUCAUCAGAAUGACUCUUUAAGUGCAGGAGAUGAUCAGAAGAGAGGAGCUGCAGCGAGCAGAGAUAAAAGGACAACACUUGAUCUGGGUCGGGAGGAAACGGGGAAGCACAAGAGCUCAAAUCCCAGAACAGAGGAGGAAGAGGAGAGAUUAGGGGAGAGAAAUGCUUCACUCAUUAGGAGGCGCAGGUUUGCUCCCAAUUACUACUUGCAGAGUCAGGCCCUGUGGAGGAUUGAGCUGGUGUUCGUGGCUCAAGGGCACGGCGAUCGCAACAUCUUCACCCGAGAACGUCUGCAGACGAUUCACCACGUGGAGCGUCUGCUAAUGCAGCAUCCACAGUUCCAUCAGUUCUGCUGGAAGCCUCUGGAGGUAUUGAGGGAUCUGCCACUGGGGCCGUCCUACUGCUCCCCACCCAGCUCACUCCUGUCUUACCUCUACCCCAGCGAGAGAGGAGGGAAGAUAUAUUAUGAUGGCAUGGGCCCAGACCUGGCAGAUAUUCAGGGUUCCCUGAGUCUGGCCAUCACCCAUCCACAGUUCUACUGGUACGUGGAUGAGAGUCUGUCCCCUGAGCAUCUCUCCUCGUCUCUCUUACGCAGUGAGAUCCACUUCGGAGCUCCUCUGCCAUCUUACUACUCCCUGCAGGAUCGAGCAGACGAGCAGAGAACUCGCUUCAAAAACUUUGUGGUUCAGUAUGGAGACAUUCUGGCCAAGCAGUCUACCAGUCAGGUGAAGGUGCUGUAUGGGGGAACAGAGCUGUUUGAUGAUGAGGUGAGACACACCUUCCACAAUGACAUGAUGCUGGCUGUCAUCAGCGGAGCAUGCAUCACUGUGCUCGUCUAUGUGCUUACCUCCUUUUCUGUUUUUCUGACUUUCUUCGGCCUCGCCUGCAUUGGACUGAGCUGUCUGAUGGCUCUUUUCUUAUACCACGUUGUCUUUGGUGUUAGGUACCUGGGCAUUCUCAAUGGAGUUGCUGCCUUUGUCAUUAUCGGUAUCGGAGUGGACGACGUCUUUGUGUUCAUCAGCACCUUCAGACAGGCUUCACAUCUGCGUCAGCCAAAGCAGCGAAUGAUCUACACAAUUAAAACAGCUGGCCGAGCAACAUUCCUCACCUCCUUCACCACUGCAGCAGCCUAUGCUGCUAACACCUUCUCUCAGAUCCCAGCCGUGCAUGACUUUGGCCUAUUCAUGGCGCUCAUUGUCAGCUGCUGCUGGCUUUGGGUGUCCGUCCUGAUGCCAGCUGCCCUGUGCAUUUGGACUCAGUGUGUGGAGCCUCGUGAACAUGCCUGGUUGAACUGCUGGAAGUUGUUUCCAGGCCUGUCAGCGAGCCACAGCCCUUUGUCAGAUGAGGAUGAUGAUGUGGCACUUCUGUCAGUGGAGAUGGAGCCAGGCUCCUGUGACACAGACAGUGAUGCAGCCAUUCUGUCCUUGUCAGUGGAGACACCUUUAUCCCCUCCAGGCCAGCAGCAUGUGGGUGUGGUGAGCACAAAUCUCCAGUGGGCCCUAAAGCACUUAAUGGCAGAGCCAGCUGUGGAGCACCGUAAAGCUGUUCUAGGUGUCUUUCUCCUGGUUCUGCUCUUAUCUGCCGGCUGCUGCUGUCUCCUGAGGCCGGCCACUCACGCCCCUCUUCUGUUCCGUCAAGACACAAACCUCCAGACCCUGCUGGCCCUGAGGAGCAACCUCAGUGGCCAAGGCAUCUCCUGCCCCAUGUGCUCAGGUGUGUUUAUGGAAAAACCCCACCCGCUGAACACCCACGCAUCCUCAUCAGGAUUUAAGUUUUCCACACAUCAGCAGAGCCCGAGCACGACAACCUUGACUUCUCCUCAGAGUUCAGCGAAGAUAAACCCAAGCACCAACCAAACAGGCCCUCUACUGACUGUUUACAUAUCAAAGUUGGACCUCGGAGCUUCCGGUACUCUUUAUCGUUUCUCCCUGAACACCAGCAUCCCAUCUCCGUGGAAAAUGUGCAGCACAGAGCACGAGGAAGUGUCAUCAUUUCAGGCUUUUAAUCAGCCCCGCAGCAAUUACACCAGCAGAAUGACAGUGUGUGUUUCCCAUGUGUACCACCCAUACCCCAGCUGGAUGAUCACAUCCAGCUCAUGUGAUCCUCAUCAUGGCUGGACGCCAGAGUUUUCCUUCUAUGUAGCGGCAUCUCCGCAGCAGCAGAGCAGGAAGCUGUACUUUGCACAACGCCGUCUGAGACCUCAUCCCAGCCGAGUAUGUGUCAACCCGCCCGGCUGUGGCAUCAGUUCUGGGCCUGAUGGACCUACACAGGGAAGCUUUUAUACUCCUUUUCCCAGCGAUCCCUCAUCUGCUGCCAAAACCAAACCAUCCAAAACGUUUGGCUUCAACCCAUGCAGCGGCGGUGUGUGUGGUCACCCAGCGGUGCGUCCUCUGGUCGACACCGGGGCCAUGGUUUUUGUCGUGUUUGGGAUCCUGGGAGUGAACCGAAGUGAGCACAAGGACAACCAUGUCAUUGGAGAUAUGGGCAGCAUUAUUUUGGAUCCAGACUUCGACAUUUUCCAGGAGAUGGGGCAUCUUUGCAAAAUCUGUAAAGCUGUUAGUGCAAACACACAACUUGUGAAGCCAGGAGGGGCUCAGUGUUUGCCUUCAGGCAACAAGCUGUCUUCUAUUCUGCCUCUGCUCCAUCCUGAGUGUCACUCUCUCCCUGAACCCAACCUGCUCCCGGGGCAGCUCUCCCAUGGAGCAGUGGGGAUGCAUGGAGGGAAGGUCCGCUGGCUGUCCAUGGCCUUUGAGUCUACCACAUACAAGGGGAAAUCCUCUUUUCAGACCUAUUCCGACUUCCUUCAGUGGGAGAACUUCAUCCAGGAGCAACUCGCCAGCCUCCCGCAGUCUUCUGCCCUGCAACGAGGUUUCCAGACCUGCGAGCACUGGAAGCAGAUCUUCAUGGAAAUUAUAGGUGUGGAGAGUGCCCUCUGGAGUCUGCUGCUGUCCCUCGCCAUCUGCGUGGCAGCUGUGUCGGUCUUUACUGCACAUCCUCUGCUGCUGCUGCCCGUCCUCAUAACCAUUCUAGGGGUGAUCUGUCUGGUUGUGGCGCUCAUGUACUGGCUGGGAUGGGAGAUGGGAGCAGUGGAGGCCAUUUCUCUGUCUAUACUGGUUGGAUCUUCAGUGGAUUACUGUCUGCACCUGGUGGAGGGAUACCUGCUGGCUGGGGAGACUGUUCCCUCUACGCCUGAUCGUAACUUGGAGCCUCCAGCUGAGAGACAGAGGCGGACUCUUGAGGCAGUGAACCAUGUGGGCGUUGCCAUAGUGUCCAGCGCCGUCACCACGGUGAUCUCCACAGUCCCUCUCUUCUUCUGUGUCAUUGUGCCUUUCGCCAAGUUUGGCCAGAUCGUGGCCAUUAACACAGCCGUCUCCAUUUUGUUCACCCUGACCGUGACUGUGGCCAUGUUGGCCUGCAUGGCCCCUGCUCGCUUCAGCAGACACCCCAGCGCUGUGCUAAAGGCCAGCCUGGCUGUGGCGGCAGCUGCAGCCUUGGGAGCAGCUCUGUGCUGGGUGGGAGGACAGCUGGGUGCGUUGGCCUGGGAAUCAAUCAGCACAUAAAUGCUACUGUCCAUCUACUCACACUGAUGUCAGACAGGGGAGUUUUUCUGUAUGCAAACAAUGAGAACUGUGUUUUUCCCCAUAUAUAGGAAGAAUGUCAGAUCAGUAAAUGGUCUUGUACUUUACAGCACAAAGAUGUCAGAAUCAUCUCAGUAUUUAGACACUGUCAUCACAGAAUAUGUUAUUUUCACUUGUAUUGAUCGGUGGAUUGUGAGUAUUGGGGAGAUAAAAUGUCCUCCCCCACCGGGUAUGUCUUCUAUAAUACGGUGUAACUGACUCUGUGACUCAGUAGUGGGCUGACCUUUCUGGGUUGACAUGAUGAUUCAGUUGAGGUAUUUCUUUUUUUUUUUUUUUUCGCCUUCGGCCCAGAUGAUUGAGUAAUCGUUGGGAAACACUGGCUGAGUCACAGCUUUCAUCAGUGUAACUUAUUGAGUUGUGAACCGCUGUUGUUCACACACUGACAGGGUGCAGCGCUCUGACGUCCAUGAAGAUUAGUGUUACCAGUUUACAUGAUUCAUGGCCAUUUUGUGAAUCAUAUUGUUUGUUUAAUUUUUCAUGUUUACCUAAUUGUGCACUGAAUGUGAUUUUUUUCAGCCACAUUUGUGUCAAAGGUUAUGAUGUCCUGCUGUGGCUGGAUUCAAAGUUGUAUAAACCAAAUUUAUACUGUUUUUGUUAAAUGUAAAGUGUGACGUAAGUGUUUCGGUAUGCUGCUUUGACACACUCUGAGCUGAACCGUGGAUGCUGCCAGCACCCACGCAAGUUUAAAAGAGUUGUGUAUGCCACUACUUAGCACAAAUUACCAUCCCCUUUUUCCUGACUUCACAAGGUUGUAUCUCAGAUCUUUAACUGCUUCAAGGUCUCUAUUUUUAUCAUCGGCACCAGUUGAAAGAGACCUCUUGUCAGCUCCUCAGGUGUACCCUCCACAUGCCCUCCACCACACUUAUCGGCUCUCACUGUAACCCACUCUGCUCCCUCCUCUGCUCUCACACAAUUUAGAGCACCACUCAAAUACCCAUCGAUGGUGGAUUCGGUCUGCCCCGCAGUGAAGGUGAGAGCCAUUUGUCAAACCACAUAACACAAUAAUGGUUAGGGAGAGGGACGGACUCAAUUGCAGCAAGAGCAGUAAAUUUCUGUUUUGUGUGUGUGUGUGUGUGUGUGUGUUAUUUGUGACUGUCAAAUAAAGCAGGUGCAGAAAA